AUGGACCAUGCUUGGGCCUACUCCCUGCCCAAUACCCCUACCAAGGCUGCCAAGGCGGUUUCGCCAGCAGGAGCAGCCCCGAAGGUCCUCACUCCAGCUGAGGUGAGGGCUAGAGCUAGUCGAAAGCGCUUUCAUGUGAGCCUGGUGACGAUCGUGGAUAGAUGGGAGCGUACGUGUAGUGGUGGCUGUCUGAAACAAGUCAGGAAGAUGGCUGAGCUGAGGCGGCAGCGCUCGGCUAUAAGGGGCAUGGCCACGAGGAAGACGUUUUCUCCCUGUACAUCAUUUCGUGUGAGGUCUGUGGCCCUUGGCAACACUGAGGAGCUGAUCGAGACUGCUAGAGGGGAGCUGAAUAAGGCACUACAUGACUUGGCACUUACUCUGGAAGACCUUCACACUUUAUGCGCUGAGUAUGAUGGAGAGGCUUGUGCUGCACUUCACUUCGCCACGAAAUUAGAAGAUGCAUAUCGAGAGGAGCUCUCCCUACGGCGAGAUCUGGUAGAGGCAAUGGCACGGCUAGAGUACCCGGAAAAUUUCAGCGGCUUUCAGCGGAUCCUCGUAGUGUUUGCAGAGCUGAGCAGCACGGGCUACUCUCUGUACCAAGCGUGUUGCGCCGUAGUCGAUUUCCACGCAUGUGUGGUGGUGGAGGCGGGGGAGAGCAGCGAGCUGGUGGACCGUGUAAAGGCUCGGCUGAGGCAUCUUGCUGAGGACUGA